AUGUUGCUGAAACCCGGAAACAAGAUUGUCUCGGCGGAGAUGAGUCAUCAUCCUGACUCAGCCUCGAACCAUAAAUCUCAACAACAACAACAACAACAACCGCGUAAAGAUAUGCAGAAGCAAUUUGGUCAACAGACAAAGAAGGUUGAAGAACAUCUAAUUAAAACAGCAACGUCUAUAAUCAUCAACCAAAACAGUCGUCCUGCUUACAAUAACACAAGCUCACCACGAAGCAACAGCAUAGAAACCACAUCAUCUAACAAUCAUUCCAAGCCUCACACAGGAGGAGAUAUCAGGUGGGACGCAGUGAACUCUCUCAAAUCCAGAGGCAUCAUCAAGCUCGGAAUCAGUGAUUUCCGCGUCCUGAAACGGCUGGGUUACGGAGACAUCGGAAGUGUUUAUCUCGUCGAGCUCAAAGGAGCUAAUACCAGGACGUAUUUCGCGAUGAAAGUGAUGGAUAAAGCUUCUCUUGUGAGCAGGAACAAGCUGCUAAGAGCUCAGACGGAGAGAGAGAUCUUGUCUCAGCUUGAUCAUCCUUUCUUGCCUACUCUUUACUCUCACUUUGAGACUGAUAAGUUCUAUUGCUUGGUCAUGGAGUUUUGUAGCGGAGGCAAUCUUUAUUCCUUGAGACUCAAGCAACCCAACAAGUGCUUCACCGAAGACGCUGCAAGGUUCUUUGCAUCAGAAGUGUUAUUAGCAUUAGAAUACUUACACAUGCUCGGAAUCGUAUACCGAGACCUAAAGCCAGAGAACGUUCUGGUUCGAGACGACGGUCACAUCAUGCUCUCCGAUUUCGAUCUAUCUCUCCGGUGUUCAGUCAACCCAACACUCGUCAAAUCAUCCUCCGUCCACGUCAACGGCGGCGGAGCCACAGGAGUCAUCGGCGAAGACGAUAACGUGGGGGUACAAGGAUGUUACCAACCAUCCUCAUUCUUCCCAAGAAUCCUCCAAUCCUCGAAGAAAACCCGAAAAUCGAAAUCCGAUUCCGACGGAUCGUUACUAGAGCUCAUGGCAGAGCCGGCGAACGUGAAGUCGAUGUCUUUCGUCGGGACUCACGAGUACUUAGCGCCUGAGAUUAUUCGCAACGAAGGCCACGGGAGCGCCGUCGAUUGGUGGACGUUCGGAAUCUUCAUCUACGAGCUUCUCCAUGGAGCGACGCCGUUUAAAGGACAAGGGAAUAAAGAGACGCUUUAUAACGUGAUCAGGCAGCCUCUGAGAUUCCCGGAGGAUUCUCAGGUGAGCUCGACGGCGAAGGAUUUGAUCAAAGGUCUGUUGGUGAAAGAGCCGCAGAAGAGAAUUGCGUAUAAGCGCGGAGCCACGGAGAUUAAGCAGCAUCCUUUCUUUGAAGGUGUGAAUUGGGCGUUGAUCCGCGGUGAAACUCCGCCGCAUUUGCCAGAGCCGGUGGAUUUCUCGUGUUAUUUGAAGAAAGAGAAGGAUUCUGCUCCGGCGGCGGUUGACGGUGGAGAGAAGAAGAAGAUGCGUGAGUUUGCUAAAAGUGGUAGUGAUCCUGAUUACAUUGAUUUUGAAUAUUUUUAG